AUGAUCAACGCCUUCACUCAAAUGUUUAUCGUUAAUCACCUCGUUACAGCCUCGACGUUUUACCAAUACAGCAUUGAACGGUUACAGUCUGCGUUGAAUGGUUGUGGCGUUCGGCGACCUGCGACUGAAAUCAGCGUCCUGCAACCAAGAAUCACAGUUCAACAACCAAAGUUUACCGUUCAACAACUAAAGUUGCCCGUUCAACAACCAAAGUUCGACGUUCAACAACCAAAGUUCGACGUUCAACAACCAAAGUUUACCGUUCAACAACCAAAGUUCGACGUUCAACAACCAAAGUUCGACGUUCAACAACCAAAGUUCGACGUUCAACAACCAAAGUUUACCGUUCAACAACCAAAGUUCGACGUUCAACAACCAAAGUUUACCGUUCAACAACCAAAGUUCGGCGUUCAACAACCAAAGUUUGCCGUUCAACAACCAAAGUUUACCGUUCAACAACCAAAGUUCGGCGUUCAACAACCAAAGUUCGGCGUUCAACAACCAAAGUUUGCCGUUCAACAAUCAAAGUUUGCCGUUCAACAAUCAAAGUUUGCCGUUCACAGUUCAGUUAUAAAUCUUCGGCAUUCAAAAAUGUAA